CUCCCAAAAAAAAAAAAACGAGCUCCUCGUCUUCUUGUCAAGUCCUCAAAAACAGCACAUGAUAGUAGGAGUUGUGUGGUUGGAGCGUCUAUGGAGCUUUCAAUCUCCCAGUCAUCGUGUAUCCGGUUCUCAGCCAUGGCAAAGCACUCUUCAGCUUAUCAUCAUCAGCCUCCGCUGCAUUUAGCGGGAAAACCUUUCAGUUGUCCGAAAAAUGUGGGCUUAGUUAACUUGUCAACGCCAAGGAUGUGGUCGAAGCCUGUUCCGAUUAAUUGUCGGAAAAUCUCGAUCCGGGCCUGUUCUCAAGUUGGUGCUGCUGGGUCUGAUCCAGUGCUGAACAGAAUUGCACGGUUCCAGGAUGCUUGCUGGAGAUUUCUGAGGCCUCAUACAAUUCGUGGAACAGCUUUAGGAUCCGCUGCUUUGGUUGGAAGAGCUUUGAUAGAGAACACUCAUCUGAUAAAAUGGUCUCUCGUAUUCAAGGCACUUUCAGGCCUUCUUGCUCUUAUAUGCGGGAAUGGUUACAUAGUUGGCAUCAACCAGAUCUACGACAUUGGAAUUGACAAGGUGAACAAGCCAUACUUGCCAAUCGCAGCAGGGGAUCUUUCAGUGCAGUCUGCAUGGUCAUUGGUUAUAUUCUUUGCGAUAGCAGGGGUUUCAGUUGUUGCCUUGAACUUUGGACCAUUCAUUACAAGCCUAUACUCUCUUGGUCUUUUCCUGGGGACCAUCUAUUCUGUUCCGCCCUUUAGAAUGAAAAGAUUUCCUGUUGCAGCAUUUCUUAUCAUAGCAACGGUACGAGGUUUCCUUCUUAACUUUGGUGUAUACUAUGCCACAAGAGCUGCUCUUGGACUUCCAUUUCAGUGGAGUGCACCUGUGGCUUUCAUCACAUCUUUUGUGACAUUGUUUGCACUUGUCAUUGCUAUAACAAAAGAUCUUCCAGACGUUGAAGGGGAUCGCAAGUUCCAAAUAUCAACCCUAGCUACAAAGCUUGGAGUGAGGAACAUUGCAUUCCUCGGUUCCGGGCUUCUGCUACUGAACUAUGUUUCCGCCAUAUUGAUUGCUUUCUACAUGCCUCAGGUUUUCAGGCGUAACUUAAUGAUUCCUGCACACAUGAUCUUGGCAUCAUGUUUGAUUUUUCAGACAUGGGUAUUAGAAAAAGCAAACUACACCAAGGAAGCGAUCUCCGGGUUUUAUCGCUUCAUUUGGAAUCUGUUCUACUCAGAGUAUCUGGUGUUCCCAUUCAUAUAAAGCUUUCAUGCUGCUGCUGAAGCAUGGAUGCUUUCAGCCCUUGUUUUUUUUUUAAAAAAAAAGAGAGAGAGAUCAGUUUUAACAUUAUGCAAAAUGCAGUUUUUACUGAUAAAGAAACACUUUUUUUUUUCUUCAUGUACUUGUUCUUGGGAUGAGCCUUUGGACACUUGCAGAGGAUGUUCCACACAGCUUCCAUAACUUUAACAUGUGAUUUGUGAUUUGUCUCAGUUUCAUGCAAACAAUUGUUCAAGUGAGAUAUUUACCCUAA